CAAAGGAGGAUCCAUCCCUGAAUAAAAUGUCAACCUUCACCAUAGGAAAAUCAUCCCCUAAUCAAAGUGGGAAAAGCAGACAACAGGUUGUUCAUGAUGACAACAGCAAGCGAAGGACGCUGUUGCAGGAUAGCAGCUGGAUAAAGAAAAGACCUGACGAGGAGAGUACUAAUGAAAACUAUGGCAGAGUUGUGCUUAACCAAUACAAAUCUCAAGAUAGUUUACACAGUAACUUGAAUGAAAAGGAAGAUCAGAAAGUUUUACUUGGCCAAUACAGAUCUGAUACUACUUUAGACAGAAUUUCAGACACAAAAGAUGCUGAUAAAGCGAAUAAUUCCCCACCCUUAGAUAAUAGGACAACUAACAGACAGUCCUGGACUCCUUCAAAUACAUCGACCACCACCUCCACCACAUCUCCUGUGAAGCACAAAAGGCAGUCUUGGAUGCCACCACCGGUCUCCGGUUAUAAGAACGCCACAGUUACUGUGGAAAACAAAGGGCAGUCCAGAACCCCACUAGAUACAACCACCACAACUACAGUUGAUACUAGACGAAUUGCUUCUUCAGAAAAUCCAGAAAGGCCAAAGAUGACUAUCUAUUCAUCAGAACAAACUACACCUGAGAGAUCAAAAACUGAUGUAGACAAUAAAACCAGAACAAGGCAGGUAUCUCCAACAAAACCUGGCAUAUCUGUUACUGAAAGAAGAAUCACAACAGAAAGAACUACAAGGAGCCAAGAUCUUGAUAAUCUCAAAAAAAAUCCCACAACUCACACAAAUAACAAAGGAGGCCAAGAUCUUGUUGAGCUCAUUGAAGUAAAGGCUCCUGUGGAGCAAAAUAAAAAUCGGACAACUGAGAAACCCUCUGAUUCUGCUAGUGCUCCAAAUAACCGAUCUAACACAAACUUCUCUUAUGACAGAGGAUCCAGCAAUAAUACUUCAACCAGUUACUCAAGUCCAAAGGACAAUGUCGUGUACACCAGGACAUAUAAGGAGAAUAGCAAAUCACCCAAUGAUGCAUAUGAAGAACAUGUCACUGGAAAGUCUAUCAAAACUGUUUACUCUACUUCUGAUCGGACUAUAAUUGAAAAAGAUAUGUGUACAUACUGCCGGAAGCCACUGGGUAUAGAUUCCAAAAUGAUCUUAGAUGCCUUACAGAUUUGCUGUCACUCAGCUUGCUUCAAGUGUGAAGUAUGCAAAAGACCUCUGGAAGAUCUGAAAGCAGGAGACAGCAUUUGGAUUUACAGAAAUACUGUGCAUUGUGAACCCUGCUAUUUCAAAAUUAAAGAAAAAUGGAUCUACUAGUUUGGGUUUCCAGAAACCAGGAUAAAGAUACAUUAGUAUUUAGUUAAAUACAUUUUCCUAAUACUUAAACUAUGUAAAGUGUUUAAUUUUUUUGUUAGGACUGACAUAUUCUAAAUGUAAGAUUACUAAAUAGUCACUAUAGGAACAUAGUCUAUGAGACUUAAAAUGACUUUAUAAAUACUUCCAGAAAGCAACAAAAUGUAUGGUUCAGUGUGUCCAUCAGGUGUGUGAAAGUUAUUUCUACAUGUGAUUUAGCAAAAGUAGAGCAACCUUGAAAUGUAUCAUAUGGAAGGACAUAUCUCUGCCUGUAAGUUUUGAAGGACCUGUUUUCUGUUUAUCCAAAAUACACCUGAUAACAAAUAAAGAGUUGAGUUGUUAUCUUUA